UACUAUCUAAACAAAGAAAAUAUAAUUUUUUUUCCCCUCUUCUCUCCGCCUCCCUCAAUGGUUGGUGAAAACUGAAAAAUGAAGGACAAAUGUUCCAAGAGUAAACAACAAGGCGUUAAUGUUAUUGCAUUUGUUUUCUUACGUCCUUUUCCUUCUGCAUAGAUCUCUUCGCCCUUUCCUCAAAAAUGCCUACCCAUAGCGAAAACUGAGCAGAACGGAAAACUACUAACCAAACAUGCCCUUCUCCUCUUACGUUGGCGGCAACAUUCGCCGGGGGGGUGGAGGUGGAGGAGCCGGCACCACCUGGGCUCAAUCACUCCUCCCCUCCUUCGCUGCCAAAUCAAAGCUUCCUUCAAGAAAGUCUCGCCGGCGGACGGCUCUGAUAAACUUCCUAUUCACUAACUUCUUCACUAUAGCUCUUACGAUCUCUCUCCUCUUCCUUCUCAUCACUUUCCUUCACUUUGGCAUCCCUAAGCCUCUUUCCUCUCCCUUCAAACCCAAAUCCAAAUCCAGUUUUCGCGUUCUGAAGCCUCGCAAGACUAUCCCUCGAAAACCCCAAAACGACAAAGGUGCCGUUUUGGGGGCUGUGGUGGAUAUAACUACAAAGGGUUUGUAUGAUAAGAUCGAAUUCUUGGAUGUGGAUGGUGGGCCUUGGAAGCAAGGAUGGAAAGUGAGCUAUAAAGGGAAUGAGUGGGAUACUGAGAAGUUGAAGGUGUUUGUGAUGCCUCAUUCGCAUAAUGAUCCUGGGUGGAAAUUGACUGUUGAUGAGUAUUAUGAGAGGCAAUCUAGGCACAUACUCGAUACAAUUGUGGAAACACUUUCAAAGGAUGGUCGGCGGAGGUUCAUAUGGGAAGAAAUGUCUUAUCUGGAGAGAUGGUGGAGAGAUGCAGCAGAGGACAAAAGGGAAUCUUUUACCAAUUUACUGAAGAAUGGCCAGUUAGAAAUUGUUGGUGGUGGUUGGGUAAUGAAUGAUGAGGCCAAUUCACAUUUUUUUGCCAUAAUUGAACAGAUUGCUGAGGGGAAUAUGUGGUUGAAUGACACCAUUGGGGUUGUUCCUAAGAAUUCUUGGGCAAUAGAUCCAUUUGGCUACUCAGCUACCAUGGCAUAUCUUCUCCGUCGUAUGGGUUUCGAGAACAUGCUUAUUCAGAGGACUCACUAUGAGGUAAAGAAGGAACUUGCUUUGAAUAAGAAUCUAGAAUACAUAUGGCGUCAAAGCUGGGAUGCUGAGGAAACAACUGAUAUUUUUGUACACAUGAUGCCCUUCUAUUCUUAUGAUAUUCCUCAUACUUGUGGGCCGGAGCCUGCUGUUUGUUGUCAGUUCGAUUUUGCUAGGGUGCACGGCUUUUAUUAUGAGAUGUGCCCAUGGGGGCUUCAUCCAGUAGAGACCAGCCUGGAAAAUGUACAGGAAAGGGCCCAAACAUUGCUAGAUCAGUACAGGAAGAAAUCAACACUAUACCGGACUAAUACUCUCCUUGUUCCUCUUGGAGAUGAUUUCCGAUAUAUCAGUGUUGAUGAAGCAGAGGCUCAGUUUCGGAAUUACCAGAAGUUAUUUGAUUAUAUCAACUCUAAUCCUAGUUUAAAUGCAGAGGUAAAAUUUGGUACUCUGGAAGAAUACUUCCAAACUGUUCAUGAGGAGGCUGAUAGAAUAAAUUAUUCAUGUCCUGGCGAGGCUGGGUCUGGUCAGAUUGGAGGUUUUCCAUCUCUAUCUGGUGACUUCUUUACUUAUUCUGAUAGGCAACAAGACUACUGGAGUGGCUAUUAUGUUUCAAGGCCUUUCUUCAAGGCUGUUGAUCGGGUACUAGAGCAAACUCUUCGUGCCACUGAAAUGAUGAUGGCUUUGUUACUUGGUUAUUGUCAGAGAGUACAAUGUGAAAAGUUGGCAACAGGAUUUGGCUAUAAGUUGACUGCUGCCAGGAGGAAUUUAGCUCUUUUUCAACACCAUGAUGGGGUGACUGGUACUGCUAAGGAUCAUGUUGUUCGCGACUACGGAAUUCGGAUGCAUACUUCAUUGCGUGACUUGCAGAUUUUCAUGUCUAAAGCUAUUGAAGUACUUCUUGGUAUCCACCAUGAAAAAUCUGAUCAUAACCCAUCCCAGUUUGAGGCAGAACAGGUGAGAUCUAAAUAUGAUGUUCAGCCUGUCCAUAAAGCAAUCAGUGCACGUGAAGGGACAUGGCAAUCAGUGAUCCUUUUUAAUCCUUUGGAGCAAAAUAGAGAAGAGGUUGUGAUGGUUAUUGUUAACAGGCCAGAUGUUGCUGUUUUGGACUCCAACUGGACUUGCGUUCAAAGCCAAGUUUCUCCUGAACUGCAGCAUGAUAGGAGCAAGAUUUUUACUGGGAGGCAUCGUGUCCACUUCAAAGCUUCUGUUCCUGCCUUGGGGUUGCAAACAUAUUAUAUUGCCAAUGGUUUUGCUGGAUGUGAAAAAGCCAUACCAGCAAAAUUGAAGUACUUCUCAAUUUCCAAUUCAUUUUCAUGCCCCUCUCCAUAUGCUUGUUCUAAAGUAGAAGGUGACAUGGCUGAAAUCCAGAAUCAACAUCAAGCUCUCACCUUUGAUGUCAAGCUUGGUUCGUUGCAGAAAAUUAGCCAUAAAAAUGGUUCCAGAAUUGUUGUGGACGAGGAAAUAGGUGUGUACACUAGUCCGGGAAGUGGGGCUUACCUGUUUAAGCCUGACGGUGAUGCUCAGCCUAUUGUUGAGGCAGGUGGGAACAUGGUGAUCUCUGGGGGCCCACUAAUGCAGGAAGUGUUUGUUUAUCCUAAAACAUCAUGGGAUCAAACACCCAUCUCCCAUAGUACUAGAAUUUAUAAUGGAGAUAAUACUAUACAAGAGUUUCUCAUUGAGAAAGAAUAUCAUGUUGAGCUUCUUGGCAAGGAAUUUGAUGACAGGGAAUUAAUAGUUAGAUACAAGACAGAUAUUGAUAAUAAAAAGAUCUUCUAUUCUGAUUUAAAUGGCUUUCAGAUGAGCCGGAGAGAAACUUACAGUAAGAUCCCACUGCAGGGGAAUUACUAUCCUAUGCCCUCUCUAGCGUUCAUGCAAGGAUCUAAUGGUCAGAGGUUUUCUGUCCAUUCUAGACAGUCAUUGGGUGUGGCAAGCCUAAAAGAUGGAUGGUUGGAGAUUAUGCUUGAUCGACGUUUGGUAAGGGAUGAUGGACGUGGUCUUGGACAAGGGGUGAUGGAUAACCGUCCGAUGAAUGUGAUCUUUCACAUCCUUGUUGAGAUGAACAUUUCUUCCACCUCAGAUCCCGUUUCCAAUCCUCUUCCUCUGAGCCCCUCUCUUCUUUCGCAUUGUGUUGGAGCUCAUUUGAACUAUCCUUUACAAGCAUUUGUUGCAAAGAACCCUCAGGAGUUAUCUGUGCAACCACCCCCAAGAUCCUUCUCUCCUUUGUCUGCUCCAUUACCAUGUGACUUGCACAUAGUGAAUUUUAAAGUUCCUCGGCCGUUAAAAUAUUCACAGCAGCUGAUAGAAGAUUCUAGGUUUGUUCUAAUCUUACAGAGGCGCCAUUGGGAUACUUCAUAUUGUCGGAAGGGCAGAUCACAGUGCACUACUGUUGCAAAUGAGCCUUUAAAUCUUUUCAACAUGUUCAAGGGGCUUGCAGCAUUGAAUGCAAGAGCAACUUCUUUGAACCUUCUGCAUGAUGAUGUGGAAAUGCUAGGGUACGCUGAGCAGGUUGGAGAUGCAGCUCAAGAGGGAUACGUUGUCAUCUCUCCUAUGGAAAUACAAGCAUACAAGCUGGAGUUGCGGCCACACCAGUGAGCAGAAAAUGUUUUUACUUUGGGUAUUGUAUCUUUGUGGAUAAUGAUGGUAUGGGUUAGUGGCAAAGCAACAGUGAUUUUUUAUAUACCGUUGUCAUUUGUCAACAUAACCCAAGCUUAAACUUCAAGAAUAAUUGACUGUCUGAUGCUAUCUCAUGCAAUAUCUGACCAAGUCAAGGACAUAGCAGAGGCUGACUCUUUAUGGAGGAUUCAAGACUUCAUUUUUGAGUACUAUAGAAGGUAUUGGUACAUAUUUUGUAUACAAGUACUGUUAUUACGUGAAGGAGAGGUUAUAUUAUGGGAAACUGCUGUUUUCCUGCAAGAAGCAUAGAUUAUCAACCUUUGAUGAUAUUUGAAUUUUGCCCCAUUUUGCUGGUAGCAUGGGUUCAUGGUAAUAUAUUUUUGGAGAGGAAUAUUUUUCCAGGUAA